CAGUUGGCUGUAUCUGUGAUCCUGAAUGAUGUAAUUACACUUAAUUGUAAUGUCUGCUUUUUGUUGCAGGCUUUCGAGGACCUUAGUAAACUAAUGGACAAGGCUAAGGAAAUGGUGGAGUUAUCCAAGUCAAUAGCUAAUAAAAUUAAAGAAAAACAAGGUGACAUCACUGAGGAUGAGACUGUUAGGUUCAAAUCCUAUCUGCUGAGUAUGGGAAUAGCUAAUCCAGUUACCAGGGAAACACAUGGAUCUGGGACACAUUACCAUAUGCAACUGGCAAAGCAACUUGCUGGAAUUCUGCAGACUCCAUUAGAGGUAAAGCACCUAAUGAUGCAUUUUCUGUGUGCUGCUCAAUUUUGACAUAAAUGUGUUUUGGCUGUA